UUAUUUUAAUAACUAAUUCCAUAGUUGACUCAAACAUUUAGUGAGAAAUGAGCUGAAUUUAGAGAAAUACUUUUCCAACCCUAAAGAAGUUGCAGCACUAAGCUGUCAAUAAGAAAAGUCCAAGUAGGCCUGUCAAAUCAAUUAAUGUCAAAUGGUAUACAAAAAACAAAAACCGAUUCGUCAUUGUUUGAGUUUUAAUAGCCCAGUAUGGACAUUGAAUCCUUCCGUUCAAAGUACAGCGACAUAACCGUGACGGCCGUUCCCGCUCGCUCCAAGACGGACGAGGAGCAACCGGUGUCCAGCGACCUGCAGAUGACGGCCAAGCAGCGUGAGCCGCGAGUGGAAAUCACCCGGGUUACUGGGGGUGCAACUCCAGGCAGCAGCUCCACCUCGAAUCUAGCGAUGAUCCAGCGCAACAGGCAGCAGCAAAACGCCGCUGCAUUCGCGUAUGCCACCGAAUAUAAGGAGGUGAUGGCCAAACUGGAGUAUACCAAGUACAUGCAGACCCAGCUUCAGCUGAUGUCCGUGGCGAAUGGAGGAGGAGCUGGUCUCGAUUGUGGUCUAUAUGGGAUGAUGCCAACAUCUAUAAAUCUAGAUGCCAAUGCCAAUAUAGAAGACAAGUACUCUGAUCUGCUGAAUAUCCUAGCCGAGAUGCGGUUCAAUUUGCCGCCAACGAUGAUGGGCUUGCGGGCGCCCAAGGAGCGACUCCAGCGGGACAUAGCCCAUGCCAGGGUCAGGGUGAGGGAGUGCCUCCUGCUCCUGGAGAAGGAUCGUAGUCAGGAGACCGAAGAGACCCCAACCACUGAGUGACGUCACAGGGGGCUAUCCAUCUCCGCAUUGCUAACGACACCUCUGCCCGAAUGAUAAUAAAAAACGAGAACAACAAAA